GAAGCGUUUUGUAUUUCUCCCGCAUUUGUAUUGCCGCACGUCGCUCUUCUCACCAUCACUUACCGGUGUAUUAAAACAUUUCCUCUCCGUUGGCGCCGAUUGUUUGUUGCCACCCGGUCACGCAGAGCGCACCUCCUAACGUUUCGCCGUCCUCAGCGUGUCGUUUAUACAGCCGCGUGAUUUCGUCGCCACACACACACACACACACACGUCAUAAAGCAGCAAUCGCGUUAGCCGCAACAGCCACUUCUUUUUUUUUUCUUGCCUUUUUACGUUAUUUCUCAUGGAGCAGGUAAAGGAGUACUACGCAAAGUGGACAGAGGUGCCGCAGCCACGCAAGAUUAAAACGGCGAAGCUUAUCGCCUUCGUCUCGUACUUCCUCUUUCUGCUGCUCCUCGUGGUGUACGCGUUUGGGCGCACCGGGAAAAAGACGGUGACCGUUGUCCCCACCAUCCUCUUCACCGAUGGCACACCCUACAACCUGGAAGUCGUGCGCUACUUGGCGCAGCGCCGCGAUGUCGUGAUCGGCAUGAUCGUGGUCGCCACGAACGCCCUGGCUGACGCACAACUGAAGGCGAAUGCCACCAGCGUGACCACACUGGUCAGCGCGCUUCAAUCGGAAGGUUUAAAGACCCGUGUGCCGGACGUGUACAGCUCCUACGACGCCGCCACAGAUAGCUUUCUCGGACCACUCGAUGCGAAGUUGGCGUCCACGACGGUGAACUUCCUCAUCGUGGGUCCCUGUACCGAUGCCGCGUACUUCUUGCAGCAGUACGCUGGCCGUCGCGGCAACGUAAACAAAAUCUACGUCGCCGGCGGAGCCUUCAACACGGCGGGCAACGCGAAGUUCUUGAACACCUCCAUCACCGGUGCGGAGCGCAACUUUUACCUGGACCCGGCCGCGGCGGAUUACGUGGUGGCCAUGAAGCACGCCCGGCCGGUGGUGAUGCUGCCGCUGGACGCCGCCCUCACGUGGACCUCGUCGGCGUACAGCGCCAUCGUCUCCAACUCGGGCACCACCUCUGCGAGCGCAACGGCGGUGGCGGAGGGGCUCCGGUGGUACUACGACGCCGUGGACAAGACGAAACGCGUGACGGUGGGCAUGGCCGCCGCAGCGUACGCCGUGGACACGGAGGUGCAGACGGGCGUGAAAGUGACGACGAUCCCUGUGCGCGUGUACACGUCGGCGGCAGAUGCGCGCUAUGGGCAGUCCUUCCGCCCCCCUGCGAGCGCAGAGGCGAAGUUGGUCACGGUGGUGCUGUCGCUGAACGAGGGUACGUUCUUCAGUCAUUUAACCAACGUGGACACGUUGGCCCUGGCGUAG